AUGGAUUCGAAAAACGAGUACUUCAGUAUAAUAAUGUUGUUGAGAAUAAUAGGUGGGGUAAAUUGGAAAUUAUAUCCCUUAUUCGGUCUGUUGGAACACAGAAAGGUUUCCAUAGGAUUAUCAUAUAAAAUUCAUCUACAAAGAGAAAUCAACGACGAUAAGAUAUUUUUUGGAGAGAAUGCUUCAGAUGCAAAAUUAGAAAUAUCGAAUCUCCAACUUUUCAUACCAGUAAUAACACCAUCAAUUGAAGUAGAAACGAGAAUAUUCAACUCGUUAACUAAAGAUAUUGAAAUAGCUUUUCUUCAUCGUAACACGGUAGGUAGCAUGACUUUAACGGGAGAAUACACUACAUGGCCAAUCACUAACACUAUUAAACCAGCAAGAUAUUUAAUGGUUGGUUUCAAGAACUUACCAUUUUUACAGACGAAUAACAAUAAUGUCUUUGGAGUGGCAAUGAACCAAACUCAAGAUCCUAUAAUCCAUAAAGUUCAAGUAAGAUUAAACAACGAUAAUUAUCUUUACCAACCUUUAACAAUUAAUCCAACCACAAAGGAUUAUAAUGAAUUGUAUAGAAACUAUAAAAAUAUGUGUGAAUUAUUUUGA